GCGCUGCGAUGGCCAACUGCACCGCGGAAAGAGGUGUCUGUCGCCAAACUUGCUUGCCAGGAGAAUCAGUUGUUGACAAGGGAUGUACAGGUUUCAAUUGCAAGUGUUGCAGACCUGCUAAUGAAGUGUGCAACGCCACAUCUACCUGUCCAGGAAUGUGUAAAGACAGUAGACUGUGUGCUCAAGCUGACCGCAUUGCAAAUGCAUCAUGCACCGGAGAAUAUUGCACAUGCUGCACAAACUGCGCUGCGAUGGCCAACUGCACCGCGGAAAGAGGUGUCUGUCGCCAAACUUGCUUGCCAGGAGAAUCAGUUGUUGACAAGGGAUGUACAGGUUUCAAUUGCAAGUGUUGCAGACCUGCUAAUGAAGUGUGCAACGCCACAUCUACCUGUCCAGGAAUGUGUAAAGACAGUAGACUGUGUGCUCAAGCUGACCGCAUUGCAAAUGCAUCAUGCACCGGAGAAUUUUGCACAUGCUGCAUAGAUUGCAAAAUGGAAAGUAAUUGCACUGCUCAAAGGGGCGUUUGCAAGCAGACUUGCGCAGCAAAUGAAACAGAGAUUGACAAGGGAUGUUCAGGCUUCGGUUGCAAGUGUUGCUCUCCUCCUAAUGCAACCUGCCCCCCCACACCCACAUGCCAGGGACAGUGUGUGGACUCCAGGCACUGUGCCUCAGCUAACGUCAUAGCCGGUUCCGUAUGCAGUGGUGAAAAUUGUGCCUGUUGCCUGGACUGCACUCGAGAACAAAAUUGCAUUGCUCAAAGGGGCGCUUGCAAGCAGACUUGCGCACCAGAUGAAAGAGUGCUUAACAACGGAUGUUCAGGCUCCGGUUGCACAUGUUGCAUUCCACCUCCUGCAACCUGCUCUGCUACACCCACAUGCCCGGGACAGUGUGUGGACUCCAGGCAGUGUGAGAUCGUUAUACCAGGUUCAGCCUGUGGAGAAAACUGUGUCUGUUGCCUCGAGUGCACUCCACAAGCCAAUUGCAAUGCUCAAAAUGGCACUUGCAAGCUGACUUGCGCACCAGGUGAAAGAGUGAUUAACAACGGAUGUGCAGGCUCCGGCUGUACAUGUUGCGCUCCACCUCCUGCAACCUGCUCAGCUACACCCACAUGCCAGGGACAGUGUGUGAAAUCAGGGCAGUGUGAGAUCGUUAUACCGGGUUCAGCCUGUGAUGGAGACAAUUGCGUCUGUUGCCAGGACUGCACUCGAGAACAAAGUUGCAUUGCUCAAAGCGGCGCUUGCAAGCAGACUUGCGCACCAGGUGAAAGAGUGAUUGACAACGGAUGUUCAGGUUUCGGUUGCACAUGUUGCGCUCCUCCUCCUGAACCCUGCCAAGCCACGCCCACAUGCCAAGGAAGGUGUGAGGAUUCCAGCCAGUGUGACGCAGCUGACGUCAUAGCUGGUUCAGAAUGCUCUGGCGGAAAUUGUGUCUGUUGCCUGGAAUGCACUAAACAAGCCAUCUGCACCGCUGCAAUGGGCGCUUGCAAGCAGACUUGCGCACCAGGUGAAAGAGUGAUUGACAACGGAUGUUCAGGUUUCGGUUGCACAUGUUGCGCUCCUCCUCCUGAACCCUGCCAAGCCACGCCCACAUGCCAAGGAAGGUGUGAGGAUUCCAGCCAGUGUGACGCAGCUGACGUCAUAGCUGGUUCAGAAUGCUCUGGCGGAAAUUGUGUCUGUUGCCUGGACUGCACUCGAGAACAAAGUUGCAUUGCUCAAAGCGGCGCUUGCAAGCAGACUUGCGCACCAGGUGAAAGAGUGAUUGACAACGGAUGUUCAGGUUUCGGUUGCACAUGUUGCGCUCCUCCUCCUGAACCCUGCCAAGCCACGCCCACAUGCCAAGGAAGGUGUGAGGAUUCCAGCCAGUGUGACGCAGCUGACGUCAUAGCUGGUUCAGAAUGCUCUGGUGGAAAUUGUGUCUGUUGCUUGGAUUGCGAUAAACAAGACAAUUGCACUGCUCAAAGGGGCGUUUGCAAGCAGACUUGCGCAGCAAAUGAAACAGAGAUUGACAACGGAUGUUCAGGCUUCGGUUGCAAGUGUUGCUCUCCUCCUAAUGCAACCUGCCCCCCCACACCCACAUGCCAGGGACAGUGUGUGGACUCCAGGCACUGUAACGCAUCUGACCUCAUCAGUGGCUCAAGCUGUAACGGAGGAGACUGUGUCUGCUGCCGCGAAUGCACAGUCAAAGAUAUUUGCACUGUAAGAGGAGGCUCUUGCAAGAGGACUUGUGAAGCCGACGAAAUGACAGUACCUGAUGGCUGCACGGGAACAGACUGCCUGUGUUGCAUGCCCAGAGCCAACGCCUGCACAGCUAACCAAACAACCUGCCAGGGUACUUGCUUGGAUGCCCUAGACUGCGAUCAAGAGAUACCUGGCGGGACUUGCAACGGGACGUUCUGCCAGUGCUGUCGUGACUGCAAACCAAUUGGUGAUUGCCAAACUUUGGGCGGCCAGUGUAGUCAUAUCGCUUCGGGUCAAUGUCCAACUGGUUUAGUCAAGAUUCCGAACGGGUGCUCGGGCUUCGAAUGCACGUGUUGCGUUGGAACAUCUGGCUUGAUAAGUUGCCCGGUUUCAGCAACCUGCCCUGGGAGAUGCCGGGACGCGAGAGUGUGUCCGGUGGUGAUGACGAACACAUCCUGCAGCACGACCGGUUGUGCUUGCUGCCUCGAUUGCAACGACAAUUCAUGUGCAGCCAACAACGGCGUGUGUCGUGAGCGAAAUACCUGCUUAAGCAACGAGACAGUACUAACCGGAAACCACUGCAGCGGAAACAGAUGUGUUUGCUGCAAGAAAAAUUAAGGAUUUAUAGAUGACACGCUGAGAAACGGAGGGCGAUUCUGCUGCCUCACUGGACCCA